AUGGAAACAGUGCAAUCAUUAUAUACAAAUCAGUUUUUACGUGAAUAUCUUAAUCUAACUCAAUUACGUGUGAGACCAUGGAUACGCGAUCCAAAUGGUUUACAUCAUCCAUUAGUAUUCGAUUUUGAAUUGAAAUUUUUUGAUAGAACUUAUGCUCAUAAUAUUUAUGCAUGGAUGAACAAAUGGUGGUGGUUAAGUAUUGUGUAUUCAGUAAUAUAUGUUAUCUUAAUUUAUUAUGGCCGAUCUUUAAUGGAAUCUCGAGAACGUUUUGAAUUACGUGUACCAUUAAUAUUAUGGAAUGUAGGCUUAGCGGUAUUUAGUGUUUUUGGUAUGACGCGUUGUCUACCUGAAAUGAUAUAUAGUUUGCAUACGCAAGGUUUACAAUAUACUAUAUGUGAUCGAAGUAAUAUAUAUGGUAUAACUGGCUAUUGGAUAACAAUAUUUUGUAUAUCAAAAGUUCCGGAACUUAUUGAUACAUUAUUUAUUGUAUUACGGAAACAAAAAUUAAUAUUUUUGCAUUGGUUUCAUCAUGCUACGGUUUUAGUUUACGCCUGGUAUAGCUAUCACGAUUGGACAGCUAGUGGCCGAUGGUUUGUUUUUAUGAAUUAUACAGUUCAUGCAAUGAUGUAUUCAUAUUAUGCCUUUCGUGCUAUGCAAUAUCGUAUACCUAAAUGGGUACAAGUAACAGUAACAGUUUUUCAACUGUCACAAAUGGGUGUUGGUUGUUUUGUUAAUUAUAAAGCCUAUGUUUAUAGACAAGCCGAAGCAAAAUGUCAUGUAGCUUAUGCAAAUAUAUUUUGGUCCUUUGUUAUGUAUGCUGUUUAUUUUGGUUUAUUUCUUCAUUUCUUUUUCGUAAAUUAUUUAAUGAAAAAGCCAACGAUCGUAAAAGCUGCUGACGUACAAAAAAAGAACACAUAA